UUUUGGUUCAAAAAGUAAAUAAGUAUUUUUACUAAACUUUUAAUUCACAAUGAUUUGCCAUGUUGAUUGUUAUGUUUCUUCCAACAUGUCUCAAUAUAUUGUUAAUAAUGUCAGAAGGUGUAGAUACAAAACAUAUUGAAAAGUUUCAGACAAAUUUUAAUGUUACAAAGUUAUUUCAGGAAAACAAUACAAUAGAGUUUGAAUAUAAAGCUAACCAUGAUGAAAUGUACUUCAGGCCUAAUAAUACUUACCGGAGUAUUCGGGAUAUAAAAAGAAAUAGGCGAAAAUGUACAAGUAUAUUUAACCAUGUUGACGAAUACAGCCUGUACAGAGUUAGGGACUUAAAAAAAUCUGUAUUCCUAAUGGAACCUGAAAAUCCGAUUCAUUCGAAAAAGUACUUAGUCUUUAGUUUAGACAACGACUCAGCUACAAGUUUGGAAGAGUACACAAAGAUACCAUCUAUCACUUUACUUCUGGAAAACAAUAGAUGUUUAGUAAAAAAUAAAAUUGAGGAUCAUUGUAAGGCUCAGAAAAGCUACGAAAACGCUAUGCAUGUCUUGUGGGAUCAGAGAAAGUUCUACAAAUCGACGAAUUUCUUGAGUAAAAUAAGAAGUUUCUUAACUAUGCGACAGAGUAAGAGAGAGUGUAGCUACAAAAAAUGGCAACCAGAUAUAUCGAGAGAAAAUUACCAGACAAAUAGCAAACCAUGGAUAUUUAAGUUUGUAAAUAAUUCAAGAAGGCUAAAACAUAAUCUUAUCAAGCCGUCUACUACAAACAAGCCAACAACAGAAAUUAAUAAACACAAAAAAGAAAUAAAUGUUCAAAUACUAAAUGAGGAUGGAAUCGCAAGUCCUCUAAUAGGUACUGCAGUAACUGAAUACAUAAGAGAAUCAGAAUUAGGUCUUAAUGUGAAUGUUUACAAUGUUAUCAAUAAUUUUGUGAAAAUUCCCAAUAGACAUAAAGUAAAGAGAACCCCAUGUAUGACGUUCAACUUCAAGAGUACUGAGCCACCUGAAAAGUGCAAAAACAAAUCUGAAAAGAAUAGAAGGUUAGCAUAUUUUUACGAUGUCACUAAAACGAAAACAGCCUACCGGUUGGGGCCAAUUUAUAGAAUAGACAGAAAUACAUUUUUGUUCCUACACUUGAAUGAUAAACACAUCAAGGCUUAUGAAGACAGUAAUCGACAGCUGGGACCUGAUUCUGAAAUAAUAUUUCAAAAUAACGUGUUAGAUGUUGUAAUAAGCUUGGCUCCAAGUACUCACGAUAAAGAAAAAUGCAAACAGAAAACUACUAAGUGUAAGCCGAAAACACGCAAAAAAAUAAUACCAAAAUGCAGUUCAGACAAGGGAAAAACAAAAUCAUUCGAAAAGCAAAUUCAGCAAGUAUCUUUCAAAGUUAACGGGAAUCUGAGCCAGUUAAAUAUUAUUAACUUCAUUAACAUCAGGAGAAAUGGUACUGAUGUCAAAACAUAUUUUGGUCCAGCCUAUGAAAAUAUUGAUAACUCAACUAUAUUUAAGCUAUUAGAUAGUGAAACACCAUUACUAGAAUAGUUAACUAUUAAUAAAAUUAUGGACACUAA